AUGGAGGUGGCAUCCACUGAGCACAGACAAUCCGGCCGCGUGCUGGGGAGGCCGUAUCGAUCGCACUCACACCCAGCAUGUCUUCCGUGCAGAAAACGCAAGUCGCGCUGCCAAACGCGAAACGCCGCGGACAAGUGCAUGUUGUGCCAGGCGCAUGGAACAGAAUGCGUUUUCCCGGGCACCCAGAGCAAGUCUUCUAGAUCAGCAGCAGCGAGCCGGUCAUCUCAAAGGCAGUUGGCAAGAGUCAACCGCCCCGGGCUUCCCUCAACGCCGCAGCUCCCUUCACAUCUACAAUCCGCUAGCCCGCGUGGCACUGGACUAAUAAAUGCGGCCCAUAACCCAGCGGAAGAUUAUCUCAACCCGUCGCGGUCUGAAAUCGUGCCCUUUCCCUCCGUUGGGAUCCUUGCCGAUGCCAGCAACAAUAGCUCUCAUGUUGUUAGCCCAGCAGUCGCCGAUGACAGCGACAUGUUGGAGAGCUACCUGACAACAACCACGACCGCAAGCGGGAGACGGCUUAUUGGAUCUUUUCCGGGUGCCGAUGUUGCUGCUCGUCCUGCGCGACCGGUGUUGUUCAGCGUUGUGCCGAAACGGCCAUACAGCGUCACAUCACAUACCUCCCGCGCCUCUGAAAAAUGUGAGCUGAUCGAGAAGUUUAUUGAGCCUCAUGCCCGGGAUCUAGUAGACUUGUUCUUCGCGAAGGCUAAUAUUUGUUUCCCGAUCUUGGAUGAGCUCUCUUUCAAAAACACCUAUUUCAACCAUCGAGAAAAGAUAUCCCCGGCCUUGCUCUGCAAUUUGUAUGCCAGCGCUUUGGUAUAUCACCGGGACUCGCCGCAGCUGUCCCUGAGUCGCUCUUUGGAUAUUGGAUUCAUCUGGGUCCAAGCAUACGAGGCCUUGAGCUCUGAGGUAUUCUUGUCCCCUGGAACGUCGACAGUGAUAUCUAUCAUUCUUAAUGUAUGCGGUAGACCCACCACUUCGAUGUUCUGCAAUGGCGGAAUGAUGGGACUGGCGGUCGCCUUUGCCAAUGCCCUGGGCUUGAAUCGGGAUCCAUCCGAUUGGAAUAUCUCACCAUUAGAGAAGCGGAUUAGAAUCAGACUCUGGUGGCUAGUUGUGGUGCAUGAUCGCUGGUGCAGCUUAGCGUACGGAACACCACUGUUGAUCCAUCGUUCCCAACAUGAUGUGCCUGUACCAACCACCCAAACUCUCUGUUCUACCGAUGCAUCACCAUCUGAAGCAGUUGCGGCUUCAGUCUUCAUCUCCCUUGUUACCCUCACUGAGGCACUGGGCCACUAUCUAGAGUUUGUAUAUCAGGUUGCUGAGCACUCCCAUUCCGGAUGCGAAACAUCCACGGUAGACCUGGAAAUGCUGCUUGGUGAAUGGGAGGAAACGUUAAGUGACGAUGUCCGUCGAGCUGUCAUCUGGGGAACAAAUAUGGAUGCUCCUGGUGCUGCAAACCUCCGCCUGUCAUACCUAGCAGUGAAAUUGCUCCUCAGACGCAUCCAGUUGGAUCUAGACAAGGGGCAACGACUACCCCAGCAACCGUAUUACUUACGGGCCGAGAGAGCCGCAGAGGACAUUGUCCACUUUGUCGAGGAGUUGGAAGACUGUCAUCUACGUGGAUUCUGGAUUCCGUCUAAUGGCUUCGCUUUAACGUCUGCCACAACUUUUCUAUUGCGCAGCGCUUUAAAAUCCAAGCACUCGGUCGGAAACACGCCACUGAAGCUUGCAAGAAACAUGAUUGAUACCCUCAAGUCACACCGCCAGAACUCGAUGUGGGACCUUGCAGACCACUGUCUAGCUAACUGUGGUAAUAUGUUGGCGAAGAUGGAGGCUGCACAGCUGCACGAGAGUCCGACAUUACCAAAUCUUGAGGAAUACCCAGACAUUGAUGCAUCAGUGUUGGAUGAUCUGCUUAAUGGACUCGGCGGUACCUUUGAACUAUGA